CAAUUGCUAAUAGAUUUUAAUAUUCAAUAUUUUUCUUACGUAGUCCCAAUUUAAUAUUCUACUGGUAUCUUCCUUACAUCCUGCUGUCAAAGAAUCAUGUCAUCAGAAAAAUAUUCUAGGUCCACUCCACAUAAAGUUUGUAGCAACCGCUCCAUAAGAAACUUUAGCAAACACAUUUCCACACACAUUGUAACAAAUGUGCUAUACAUACAUAUGUAGUUAUGUAGUUACCUCGAAGUGUGACGUUUCAAUUUAGCAAAAUUUUGAUUUCCAUGUUGCCAUUAUUUUUUUGUUCAUUUACGAUGCAACUGUGUUGAUUCAUGUCGCCGUUGCCUUGACGAACACAAAUAUUAGUUGCAGAAUAUGUUGCAUCAACACGUAUGGGUAACAAAAGUUGAAGAAAAAUUAUAAAAGCUCAUCCAAAGGGGAACCACUCCAUUUUCGCCCGAGGAAGACCGAAUGCAUACAUACAUAUGUAUGUACUUAGUAAAUACCACGACGAAAAUUAUACUAGCAAUGGCUAUUACAGUGAUAACUGGAAGGAGUUGUGGUGGGGUGAAAAAUACACAAAAGGAAGUCACACGAUUUCGCGGCGUAUCGAUGUGCUGGUGUCGAACCGGUUCUUUAAGCAGUUGUACAAUAGCCAAAAAACGCAACAUUAGUAUCCGUGUGGUGCCGACAACCAUGGCAUUUAAUAGUUCACAGCCACUCGAAGAGUUGAACCCGAAGUCGAUUUAAAAUUUGAACAUGUUCUGAGGAAAUGCUACUAUCAAUAGUAUUGCAAAUUUUAGUAAAAUAACAAAGGUAGGGCGGAAACUGAUAAUAUCUAUAUGCUUUUCCUUUUUCCACCUGUUAUGGGCUUUUUAAUAAUUUCACACUCGCCAUCGAAUGUACAAUUUACGUCCCUCUCAUUGUAGGAAAUAUCGCACAACAACAUAAAUAAAUACGUACGUUUAAACAUAAAUAAUUACUGGAACAAGUGAUCAACUUUACCAAUCAGGCGUUCUCAAGCAGCAACAUCGAACGAAUAAACAAUUUUAAACAACCAAAUAGUAUUACCGUCGCAAUACCAUCCAACCGACUCUAACGAACAUGCUCCACAUGAAUGUGCAUAUGUGGAGAGUACAAAUACAUGUAUCAUAUAAAACUCCACCUCUUCUCUAAACAAGACAUUUGCCGUUUGAGUAAGAAAUAAGAGUUUAUCGGUGGCUGCUUCUUUGCAUCAUAAUUUGCUCCGGUUUUGCAUGAACUUCGGGCGACUCACAUCAACAUUUCGUUCUUUCGUUGUUCGUAUCAUUCUAUAUAGCAGGUUAACGGCCACAGUGUUUCGGUAUUGAGUACUAAGUCUAGUACUCUGGAAUAUUGGCGCGUAUGACUGUGUGCGAACGAUUAAACUUACUAUAUUCGAUGGUUCGUCGUGGGUGUACCAAUAAAACAAUUCACUUUCCCUUACAUACAGUGCAUAUAACUUCAAUGUAGACUAUAUAGGUAUACAUAAGUAUGUAUGCUAUGAGUGGCAGUGAAUAGCCGAAUGAACUCGUUAAAAAUCUUAACAUGUACUUAAGUAUAUUAUUUUCAUGAAAUAAGUGUGUAUACAUAAGUAUAUAGAGUAAAUAACAAUCUCAUAUUCAAAUAAUUAAGAAAAUUGAUUAGUAAUUAUUUACGCAUAAUGUUUACCUUGUUACAAAAAAAAACUAUUUCCAAUAUUUCUUAUACAUACAUAUCUCUUGUAUAUUUUCUUUUUUUGAAUUGACUUCAACAGCACAACUACUACAGUUAUGUACAUACAUAUAAGUAUAUAUAAAAUCAUUUUCUAUAAGUACAUGUACAUACAUUUGACUUUGUGGUUACUAGCAUUAGUAUUCAUUUCAAACGAUUGAUAGAAAUUUGUUACAACAUUACAAGUAUAAUUAACUGGUAAUAUAUUUCAGGACUUUAAUGGAACUUAAAAAAUUACAGUUUUUAAUAAAUUGUCCCAACAAAUUCACGUUAAAGUGAAAAAGUGAAUAAAGAACAACUUGCUAGAAAAAUUUAAAAAGGGAGUUCUCGAAUUCAUAUUAUUUCGUUUGAAUUAUAUAAUACUUUGCGACACAUAAUAGAGUUGCGAGAGUUCGAGUUAGAACGAAGUUGUACAUAUGUCAUUUACUUAUUUGUUACUAUAAUUCAAAUUAGUUAGUUAUAGAAAACUUGUAAAUUCGAAUUAAGUUUUCCUGGUAUGUGUAUUAUCAUCCUCAAAACUUGUUUUUGGGCAGCAUCGUUGUUUUACUUAGUCCAAAAAACAUUCAAAAACAAAUUUUUUAUGGUAGAUAUGGCAACACUAUUCUCUGUCGUAAAAUAAACUGACGUACUAUGCUCAUCAUAACAACGACCGAACUCUGUUCAACUCACCAACGAAUGUAGCAGCCAGUAAGACAGCUAACUCGUUUUAUGUAUUUUUAGCUUCCUCUACGUCGUUGAGCUAGUCAGUCAUGGAUGUUAGAGCGGUAGAGUUCUCCAGUUUUUCUUUUACUGAUAUGCAAUUUCAUGACUCAUUUCUCAUUCAACGAAACUCAAAUUCAAACAUGAAAUAAUCGAGUAUAUACGUAUGUAUAUACUCAUAUCAUACUAAAGAGGCUAGGUUAAUAUUAAAAUUUAUUAUACGCAAAUAUGCUACUCAGGUGGAGACUAUGAGGACUCUAUACUCACUGGACGAUGCACAUCAUUUAAAUUUUCCGAAAACCGAACAGAAAAAAAUAUGAUUAUGAAUGUCUAUUUGACGAUUCAUUGAAUCUUCCAAAGAUUUUGACGUUCAAAUUUGAUGUGAUAAGUGAUUACAUACUUAAAUUACUUAGGUUAUUUUUGUUUUAUUCGUGUUCGACGCCCAAUGUUCGGACCUCAGAGGUCAGAGGACUAGUGCGACGCGAAGGCGACGAUAAAAUCGCAUCAGAAAUUUGUAUUUAUGGAUGCUGGAGGUAUCCCUGUGUUUCAGAGCGCCAGCCAGGCAGCCGUCGCAGCCCAGCAGCAACAGCAAAAGCACCAGCAGCAGCGUCAACAACAGCUCAAUUUACAAUUGCAACAACAACAGCAUUUACAACACCAUCAGCUACAGCAUCAACAUUCAACUUUAGGGUUGCAUCUACAGCAACAUCAGCAAUUACAAUCGACGCAGCAACAAUUACAUAAUGUGCAGCAGCAACAACAAAUACAGGUGCAACAACACCAGCAACAUCAGCAUCAGCAUCAACAGGCGAAUACACAACAACAACAAUCCCAACAUUCUGCGUACCAUACAGCACCAGGAGGUGCGGGUGCGGGAGGCGGAAUUAGCUUUGGCGGCAACGGAACUGGCGGCCCUACAGGUGCGACUGGAGCAACAGCUUCAACAGCUGGAGCUUCUAGCGGCAUGGGUGGGCUCAUCGGCGUCAGCAAUAAUAUCAACGGACCAACUGCCGGCAACCAGACCAUCAAUCAGGGUAGCUGCGGUCCCGAUGUUGUUCCUGCAAAGAGGCAGCAAAUGGUUGAUCGACUUAGACGACGAAUUGAAAACUAUAGACGUCGACAGACGGACUGCGUACCGCGCUAUGAACAAACAUUUAAUACAGUAUGUGAGCAACAAAAUAGUGAAACAGCGGCGUUGCAAAAACGAUACCUUGAGAGCAAAAAUAAACGCGCAGCAAAGAAGACUGAGAAGAAGCCCACAGAUACGGCGUCGGCUGCGGCUGCAAUGAUGGCAGGCAAUCUGCAGAGCAGUGUACAUGUGCAACAAAAAUUCUUAAAACGGCCAGCGGACGACGUGGAUAAUGGAUCUGAAACAUUCGAGCCGCCUCACAAACUGCCAAAUAACAAUAAUAACUGUAACAAUAACAAUGGUUCUGAAAAUCUAACCAAGUUCUCAGUGCAUAUUGUGCAAAAAUUGGAGUUCACCACGUCAGCGGCUAACUCACAACCGCAGCAGAUAAGCACGAAUGUCACAGUUAAGGCGCUCACAAACACAUCCGUGAAAAGCGAGUCGGACGUCGGUGGGAACGGCGGUAGCACUGGCGGCGGUGGUUGUGGUGGAACGACUACUGUCCCUGGCGGUAGUUCUGGUGGGCCAAAUGAUCCGCAAAGUGGCGGAAUAUCGAAUAAUUCUCGUGGAAACACUGGAAACAGCGGAGGAGCUAAUGGCGGAGGCAAUGGUUUGGGUGGUAAUAGUGCAACCGGUAGUAAUAUUAACAACUUAAUGAGUGGACAUAACAAUUCAAAUACAACUCAGCAGCAACAAAAACUUGGUCUUGGUAGUCUAUCGAAUUUAGUAGAAUGCAAACGUGAGCCAGAUCAAGACUUUUCCGAUCUGGCUGGAUUGGAAAAAGAUAGUGGCCCAAACAGUAACUUUCCCGGGUUUCCCGAUCUUAUGGGUGAUGAUAUUAUAAAUGAUCUACAGGAUUUCAAUCCGGAUUUAUUCAGUUUUGAUGAGAAGCCACUUUUAGAUAUUAAAACUGAGGAUGGUAUUAAGGUGGAGCCACCAAAUGCACAGGACCUCAUUAAUAGUCUUAAUGUAAAAUCAGAGAAUGCAAUGACAGAUUUUAACGCAACAUUUGGAAGUAGCGGUGGGGGUAUGAAUGUAAGUGGUACAAAUAACGUACCUAACAUGACGAAUAAUGGUGGUAUGGGUGGGCCUAUGAAUGGACCUCCACAUACCGAUCCCCAAACCAUGAACAAAAUGCGACAAUUUUUAAAUGGUCCUGAUAACGGUCAGAUGACUUCGCUGGCUGCACAAACGCUAAAACAAAUGGCCGAGCAACAUCAGCAUAAGAAUGCCAUGGGCGGUAUGGGAGGCUUCCCACGGCCGCCAAUGCAUCAGUCACAGCAGGGGCAAUUAAUGGGUGGAGGUGGUCCAAAUAAUCGAUAUAAUGAUUAUGGCAAUUUUGGAAGCGAUUUCGGCAUGGGGUCCAAUGGUUCGCAACAACAACAGCAUUUGCCUCAAUUUCAGCAAAAAGUUCCUGGCAAUGGAUCUAUGGCUGGUUCCGGUCCAUUUGUUGGCAUGCAACAGUCUUUUCUAGAUAUUAAACAAGAGCUCUUCUAUUCCUCACAAAAUGAUUUCGAUCUCAAGCGAUUACAACAGCAGGCUCAAAUGCACCAACAACAGCAACAACAACACCACGCACAACAAAAUCAUCCACAACCAGCACAAAACCCGCAUGGCCCGAAUGGACCUAAAAUGGGACCAAAUAACGGUUCUGGUAGUUUCCCGAAACCCGGACAACCACAAACCCAGCAACAACAAUACUCACCAUAUAACUCACCAAUGGGAGCAACUGGCAAUCAGAGCCCUGCCGGUCAAUCAUUUAUGCAAGGACCGAAUCGCGGUACUUCAGGAUCGGGCGGAAUUAGUGGGGGAGUCGGCGUAGGGAAUAGUUGUAGCAAUGGUGGACCACCUAACAUGACGGCGCAGCAUCCUCAGAAUAGUACGCAACAACGUGGAGGACCGCAAAGCGUUCCGCCACUAAAUGUCAACAAUGGUACCGGAGGUAUGGGUGGUGGUCCUAGUGUAAGUGGAGCGUCAAGUUCAAGUAAUCAAAAUGGGUCCGGUGGAGGCAUUAAUGCGGGAGCGGGCAAUGCGAGUAGUUCACAGACUGGUCCAAACCUACAUCAACAACAACAACAGCACCAGUCGACAACAACAACACUGCAAAUGAAACAAACGCAGCAAUUGCAUAUUACCCAACAAGGAGGAGCUCAUGGGAUACAGGUCUCAAGUGGUCAGCAUCUUCAUUUAAGUGGUGACAUGAAGAGCAGCGUAUCAGUGGCAGCGCAACAGGGUAUACAAUUCUUUAAUCACCAGCAACAGCAACCUCAUGGGUCAGGCGCACAGCAACAACAACAGCCACAUGGUCAGCAACAACAUCAAAAUACUCAAAAUUCACAACAGCAACAACAAUCUCAACAGCAACAAAAUCAAAAUUUAAAUCACGGAAAUGGACCCUCAGACGGUUUCUCCAUUUCGCAAACACAGUCGCUGAAUUUCACACAACAACAACAACAGCAACAGACACAGCAACAAACGACACAGCAGAAUCAACAAAUGCCUUCUAAUAUGCGUCAACGCCAAACGCAGGCUCAAGCUCAAGCACAAGCCGCAGCAGCAGCUGCUGCAGCGGCAUCUGCGGCCUUGGCUCAAGUUUCUUCGACGAAUGUUGGCUCACCUGUCGUUCCGAAUAACAAUAAUAAUACAAAUAAUGGUGUACCUGGAGGUGUGGGUAAUUUAAUGGGACAACAGUCAAGCAGCGUGAGUGGUAAUGUGCAUGGUGGAUCAGUUGCCCAAAGCAUGACGAUAGGGGGAGGUGGAGCGGAUGCAAUUGGACCCAGUGGCAUGAACAACAUUUCGGGGAUGGGCGGCAAUGUCAGUAUUGGUGGAACGAAUCAAAUGGGUGGCACUACUGGUAGCGGUUUAGGCGGAAUGAUGUCUAACAAUUCAUUAUCGCAUCUAAACGCCCAGAAUGGACCAAAUGCCGCUGCAGCAGCCAUGAUGAUGGGUGCAACGCCAAAUGGCGGGCCCCCGAUGAAUAUUAGUCAAGCCAAAUUCUUACAACAGCAACAAAUGAUGCGUGUUCAAGCUAUACAACAACAGCACAUGGGUGGAACGCGACCACCACCGCCCGAAUACAAGGCAUCGCAAGCUCAACUUAUGCAAGCACAAAUGAUGCAGCAGAACGUUGGCGGCGGCGGUCGCUUUCCCAAUGCUGCAGCUCAAGCAGCGGCAAUGCGACGUAUGACGCAACAACCUAUUCCGCCCUCAGGACCAAUGAUGCGCCCGCAGCAUGCGAUGUACAUGCAACAUUCAGCUGCAGCUGGUUCACGUUCAUCCAUGGGAGCUUUUAAUGGUCCCAUGGGAACACAACAACGUCCUCCUAAUGUUCAAGUUACUCCAGAUGGUAUGCCGAUGGGUUCACAGCAGGAGUGGCGCCACAUGAUGAUGUCGCAGCAACAACAGAUGACCUUUGGUGGAGGACCUGGAGGUCCAAUGAGACAAGGGACUGGGUCAUUUGGCAGCGGAGGCUUUUUGCCAAGUGCUGGUGGUGUUGGUCCUAUGUCUGGGGGUGGAAACAGCGGCAUCGGUGGUGUUCCAAAUCAUGGCAUGCAGUUGACGCCAUCACAAAUUCAGCAGCAAAUGAUACGACAGCAGCAGGUCCAGCAACAGCAGCAAAUGUUAGCGAACGCCGGUGGUAGCGGAGGACCAGGCAGCGUACAGAUGCAACAAAUGCUGCAGCAGCAUCAUCAGCAGCAACAAGGCGGGCCUGCUAACAUGAUGACUCAAAUGCAAAUGACGUCACUACACAUGUCACAGUCGCAACAGCAAAUGACAAUGCAACAACAGCAGUUCGUGCAACAAACCACAUCAACGCCAACCGCGCACCAACAACAUACGCAAAUGAUGCAAAUCAAUCAGAAUGUGGGGAGCAGCAACCAAAGUACUGGCGGAAUGGUGAGCGGAUCGGUAGGUGCACCUAGUAUAGCCAGCACCACCGGUUCACUUGGAUCGGGAACAAACAACCUUGGAUCAAAUAAUAAUAAUAUCACAGGAAAUACCAUGACUGCAGCUACAACAGCACAAUCCACCAAUGCACCUACAGCUUCCAAUACUGCCAAUGCCAUAAAUCAAACUAUUAAUUCAGUGGUGGCCAGCUCUAAUGAUUUAUGUCUCGAAUUCCUCGACAACUUACCGGUGGACAGUGGCAACUUCUCCACUCAGGAUUUAAUUAAUUCGCUUGACAACGACAAUUUCAAUCUGCAAGACAUUUUGUAAAUCUGAAACCGAAGCGAACAGAAAACAAAUGAAGUGACUGCUGUCAGGUAAACACGUAGUAUUCGCCCCUUUGUAUAUUACAUAACGGAUCAAAAAAAUUUUCAUCAGCUGUGGGAAAAGAAAUACUACUUCUAAUCGAAUUUGAGUAGCUUAAUUUAUACAAAUGAGCCUAUUCUAAAGCGGCAUUACAAAAUUAAAUUAUUUAGAUGUGGCAAAUUUAUGCUGGCUACAUGUCUGGCGUCAGUACUGAUUUUUGAUAAAGCCUCAAAUAUAAAUGUAUGAAUAAUUUGGUUCGCACUAAUCUAAAUUUGAUUGCUGGUAAUCUUCUUGAAAGUUAAAUUUUAAUAGUUUGCAUUAAUUUAACAACAUUCCAUUUGUCAAGAAAAAUACUUUGUGUAUGUACGUAAAGGGGAUGGUUUAAAUACACCCUCGCUCUUUAUAACACACCUAUCAUUAUUGUUAAUUCAAUUACUUUACAAUAUUGCUCUUUAUAACUACAUAGACAUAUGUAUGUAUAACAUGUACUUAAAAGGCAUUAGAAAAUAAAUAGAACAUGACAGCCAGAAAAAUUAGAGAAUCCAUAUAGAUAUAUGUAGAUAUAGUGUAGCAUUCAGAAAUUUUAAUAUUUUUGUUUAAAGUUUUGAAUAUUGAUAAUGUUUAAAAUAUAUGCUCUCAGAAAACUUCUGCAAACAAAAAAUCAUAUUGAAUUGUAUACGUUUUCGUGUAAAUAAAACUUUAAUAAGCAAAAAAAAUUGGUGAUAUUUUUUCUAUAAUUAAAUAAUGUUAUUAACAGGAACCAAACAAAAUAAACAUUAAAAUAUUUUGAAAAAUAUAUUUUUACUCAAAAUAAGAAAAAGGUAUCUUAUAAUUUCCAACACGAAAUUAAAAUAAAAAAAACAGCGGCAUAAGCAAAUGGCAAUAUAUGAAAUUAUUAUUAGUUCUAAUGUAUGAGUUCCGUAAUAUUUUCUAGUAUAUAAAUUAGUUCUAAGAUAAACAUCAAAGACACGCCCAGCAUAUGCACACUCCAAAUUAUAUAAAACUGAAGUUCAAGCGCAAAUAAAUGUAAAGAAAUUAUAGGAACAUAUAUUUGUAAAGAUAUUUGCAAAUACUUAAGUACACUUCACUAAAUGUUUGUCGAAAAAGCAGUUUUAUUAUGCAAUCACAAAAGAUAAAUUUAAUAAAAAUGUAAAAGGUACAUAAUAAAGGAGACAGUUUUUAAAUCAUGAAAACAUUAACAAAUUCAAAAUGAAUAAUUACAAUGUAGUUGCUAAGCAAAUAAUUACAAAGUAGAUUAAAAUUGUUAUAUCAAAUUAUAUACAACUGUAGAUAUAUGUAUGUAUCCAAAUAGAUUUAAGACAUACUUCCGAAAUCAAUAAAAGGGUAAAAGUAUUCAAAAUUGAUAUGAAA